GGUGUUGGAUUGACGUGUUUGUGGCCAUCUGGUGCAGUGUGGCCUUGCCCUUGCACUAUUUAUCGUCACACAUCAAUAUACACUUCCUACACACGCUCUGUUGACAAAUUUGAUUAAAAUUUUACCGAAAAAAUUAUCAGCACGUUUUAGUGAUCAAUAUUCACUGAAUAUUAACAAGAAGUUUCUAAGAAGCGGUAGAACAGCUCAGCGUUUUCGCGGAAAGUGGACGAUCAAUUCUGAUCAUUUCUUAGAUCGAUCGAUGAAGGUGCGAGAAAUUAAUUGGUGUCAUUGAAAUAUUUUUUUUUUUUCGUAAAUUAUUAUUAACCCAAUAAAAAUAUUUCGUUGUAUGGUUUUCACACACGUACAUAACUAUAAUGAGAGCAAUUUUUUCAUUAUAGACACUAAAAAAACGUCCUUAAAAAUGAUUCUCCACAGCUUACUAAAAUUCACAAAAUUGUCGCUGGAAAGGUCACUUUAUCAGUUUGAACAAUGAGUUGUUGGUACCUGCGUACAUGGCAUGUCCCAACAAAAUUUAAAUUGAGCGUAAAACGUGCUUUACAUUGCAAAUAAGUUCUCUGUACUCGUAAUGACUUCCAUAUUUCUAAUUAUAAUCGGUUACUAAAUUAUGUAUUAUUAAAAGUGUUUGUGACAGUUGUCUAGAUAAGAAUGUUCGUGACAACAGCAACCAUGGGAAACCAUAUGGAGAAGUUCCUUCUCCUCAUGUGGAAAAACUGGCUCCUCCAAUACCGCAAACCGAUCCAAACCGUAGUCGAAAUCAUAGCCCCGGUUCUCUUUUCCAUACUCCUGGUCAUUAUACGAGGCCUCGUUGACCCUGAGAAAAACCCAGACAAAACCUACGAACCCUUUUGUCUGCUGCCCUUCUACUGUCCCAUCAGUAGCAACGGAUCCUCACCCGACCCAAAUUUCAACAUGACUGGUCUACAAAACAUCUCUUUGGUGUAUUCGCCGGCUACCAACACCGCUUUGAGGCGCUCCAUGGGUAUAUUACAAGAGGUCUUCGGGAACAUAAUCGGGUACAACAACUCCGAGCAACUGGAAGCCCAUUUCGUCACCACCAACGCCACUCUGACGUUCGCGGGUAUCCAAUUUGCCGACUCGCUCGCAAACAAGCAGGUGCUUCCUGACAACCUGGAGGUGUCCAUUAGGUUUCCCAGCGAGCUGAGGAGCUUCACCGAUCUCUUUGGUCAGAAUAACUGGCACACUAAUAUUUUGUACCCGGUGUACCAAGUACCCGGACCUCGGGCGCCCGAAAACAACACCGGAGCCAUGCCAGCUUGGAAGCUACGUAAUGUAUUUGUAAGAAAAACAUGGAAAACAAAUGUAUUGUAUCCGAUUUAUCAGACUCCGGGACCUAGAUCUGCGAGAUCUAAAACCGGUGGUAUGCCAGGGUAUUUUAGCGAAGGAUUUUUAACGCUGCAGUUGGUUAUGACUUACGUGCUGGCGAUCAGUGGGUACUCGGAAGACGUGACUAAUUUGGACGCAGUCAGAGACAAAUUAUUGAGUGUGCUCCCACCGAUGAUCCAGAUGAAACGAUUUCCGUAUGCCAGUUGGAUCGAGGACCCGUUACUACAAGCCCUGGAGAGCUUUGUAGGGAUCCUGAUCAUGUUGAGCUUCGUCUAUACUUGCAUCAACACAGUUAAAGUGAUUACAGCCGAAAAAGAAAAACAACUGAAGGAAGCUAUGAAAAUCAUGGGUUUACCAAACUGGUUGCACUGGACGGCGUGGUUCAUCAAGACUUUCGUUUUUCUUCUAAUUUCGAUCGUUUUGAUUAUCUUGUUGCUGAAGAUUUCGUGGAACCCGAAUACGGAUUAUAGCGUUUUUACCUAUUCCGACCCCACGGUUAUGUUGGUGUUCAUGAUUUUGUACAUGUGUGCUACGAUUACGUUCUGUUUCGCCAUUAGUGUGUUCUUUUCGAAAGCCAACACCGCUGCUACUGUUGCCGGUUUGCUAUGGUUUCUGUCGUACGCUCCGUACCUCUUCCUGCAGCAACAGUACGACAGGUUGACUCUUUCAACCAAACUUUUAGCAAGUGUCGGGUCGAACACGGCCAUGGCGUAUGGGUUUCAGUUGAUGUUGAUGUAUGAAGGCACCAGUGAAGGCAUCCAGUGGUCGAACAUCGCACGACCCAUCACCCCCGAUGACAGUUUAACUCUUGGUCACAUAAUGAUGAUGAUGAUCAUCGACACCUUCAUCUACCUCAUUAUCGCGUUGUACGUAGAAGCCAUUUUACCAGGCGACUAUGGAGUUCCGCAACCUUGGUACUUCCCUUUCACUACCUCGUACUGGUGUGGACGCCCUCGCUACAUCGGAGUCGAAGACUUUGCCAGUAUCCCUACCAACGAAGGUGAAUUUUUCGAAAAGGACCCAUCCAACCUCUCCCCUGGUAUUCAAAUCCGAAACCUACGAAAAACGUUUGGUACUAAAGCGGCUGUGCGCAACCUCUCUCUAAACAUGUACAACGACCAGAUCACCGUCUUGUUGGGUCACAAUGGUGCCGGGAAAACCACCACCAUGUCUAUGCUCACUGGGAUGUUUCCUCCGACGAGUGGUACCGCGGUCAUCAGCGGUCACGACAUCACCACAGACAUGGACGGAGUGAGAGCCAGUUUAGGUCUGUGUCCACAACACAACAUCAUCUUCGACGAGCUCACCGUCAAAGAGCACUUGUACUUCUUCAGUAAACUGAAAGGACUGAAAAAGGAAGCCAUCAAGGAAGAAAUUGACAAGUACGUGGAGCUGUUGGAACUACAACCAAAGGCGAACGCCAAAUCGUCGACGUUGUCUGGGGGGAUGAAGCGGAAGUUGUGUGUGGGGAUGGCGUUGUGUGGGAAUUCGAAGGUCGUGAUGCUGGACGAACCCACAGCUGGGAUGGACCCAUCAGCUAGGAGAGCCCUGUGGGAUUUGUUACAGAAGCAGAAACAAGGGAGGACGAUGUUGUUGACGACGCACUUUAUGGACGAAGCUGAUCUUUUGGGUGACAGGAUUGCCAUAAUGGCCGGUGGGGAGUUGCAAUGUUGUGGGUCGAGUUUCUUCCUGAAGAAGAAGUACGGCGCUGGGUACCAUCUCAUCAUGGAUAAGUCUCCAGCGUGUCAGGCUGACAAGGUUACGCAAGUUUUGCAGAAACACAUUCCUAACAUACACAUCCAUGGUAAUGUGGGUUCCGAACUCACGUAUUUACUGGCUGAAAACCAGUCGUCCGUUUUUGAGGAAAUGUUGCAGGAUUUGGAGCAACAAAGCGACAAGUUGGGUAUUCGCAGCUACGGCAUUUCAUUGACAACGUUAGAAGAGGUCUUCAUGAAAGUAGGGGCAGAUUUAGGUCAAGAAGAAAACUACAACGGAACUCAUUCGGAGGAUGAACCUUGCGAAAAACGGUUCUGGCAGAGGAUUAAAUCCAAGUUCAAAUUGUUUGAAAAUGUCGAAGCCAGCUCGGAGAAUCAAGAAACUAAGUUGACCAUAGAAAACAUCGUACUUCUAACAGGCUCCCAACUAAUCAAAAACCAGUUUUUGGCAAUGUUAAUGAAAAAAACUUUGUCUGUGAUUCGUACCUAUGUUCUACAGUUCAUUCAAAUACUAAUGCCAGUGGCUUUCCUCGUGGUGGCCAUCAUCGUCAGCAGAAAUUCUAACCGACCAGGGGACUUACCAAGUCUUCCUAUAACCUUAGAUUCGUACGACAAACCCGUUACUCUAGUCGAAGAAUUGGUAAGCAGCAAGUACUCGCAAAUGUACUUAAACACACUGAAGGGAUAUGAGGUUCAAAAAGUCGACAAUAUCACCUCAACGAUGCUACGCUUGACGGAAACAAUCCCUGCAACGGUUAGAAUGAGGUACAUAGUUGGGGCUACGUUCGAUUCUGCGUACGCAGGGUUCAUUACAGUGAUUACAGCAUGGUUCAACAAUAAUCCAUACCAUUCCCCACCUUUGGCUCUAGGUCUUGUCCUAAACUUAAUUUUUAAAGAAGUAGUAGGAAAUCAGGGUAGCAUCAGCUUUGUGAAUAAUCCCCUACCAUACACAGCUGAAUCAAAAGUACAACAGUUACUCCAAGGUAACAGUAUGGGUUUCCAAUUAGCGUUCAAUAUCGGGUUCAGCAUGGCUUUCGUUUCUUCCUUCUAUGUACUAUUCUACGUAAAAGAACGUGUUUGCAAGUCAAAACAUCUACAAUUUGUAUCCGGUGUCAAAGUUUACAUUUUUUGGAUAAUGUCAUUCUUGUGUGACCUCGUCACGUUCAUUGUCACCAUAAUAGCAGUAAUCAUCACCCUAGUCUGUUUCCAAGAAGACGGCUUCAGAUCUGCAAACGAUUUAGCACGAAUCUUCCUUCUUCUGUUUUAUUUUGGCUGCUCGAUGCUCCCUAUGAUGUACGUGUCAUCCUACUUCUUCAACGUCCCUUCGACCGGCUACACCAGAAUGACCCUCUUUAGUGUCUUCACAGGCGUUGCGGCUUUCCUAGUGGUGCAAGUUUUAUCAACACCUGGGUUAGAUUUGGAGUACGUUGCAGACACCCUCCAUUGGAUUUUCCUGGUGGUACCUCACUACUCCCUCGCUACAGGAAUCCGGGACACUUUCACUACCUUCGCAACUAACAAAAUGUGCAAAUUCGUGGUACAAACCUGUGUCGAAAACAUGCCUGGGAUGACCGAAAAUGCGUGUUGGAGCAUGGCGUGCCACAAUAACCAGACUGAAGCCCUCAAAGACUAUUGUUGUGUACGCCAACCCGACUACUUCAAAUGGGAAACCCCCGGAAUAGGUCGCAACCUCACCUACUCGUUCCUCUUCGGUUUAAUUCUCUUUGUGGCCAUCAUUCUCACCGACUAUAAGCUCUUCUCGAAAAUCACCGACAAAAUCGUGGAAACGUACGACAACAAGGGUCCGGAAGAAGUACCAAACGAAGACACUGACGUCAAAGAAGAAAAACACAUGAUUCAAAGUACUUCGGAAAGGCAGCUGCAAAAAGACUACAUUCUGGUCUUGAAGGACUUGACCAAGUACUACAACAAACUUUUGGCUGUGAAUGGGCUGUGUUUAGGGGUGAAGCAGUUCGAAUGCUUCGGGUUACUAGGGGUCAACGGUGCUGGGAAAACCACAACUUUCAAAAUGAUGACUGGGGAUGUUAAAAUCACGUACGGGGAGGCUUGGGUUAAAGGUUACAGUAUCAAAUCGCGGAUUAAAGACGUGCAGAAACUGAUAGGGUACUGCCCGCAGUUCGAUGCUCUUCUUGACGAUUUGACGGCGAAGGAGUCGUUGACGAUGUUUGCGUUACUAAGAGGGGUACCAAUGGACGAUUGCAAGUACCUUGCUGAUAAGUUGGCCCGAGAUUUUGAUUUUCAGCGACACUUGAAUAAGAAAGUGAAGGAGUUGAGUGGUGGGAAUAAGCGGAAGUUGAGUACUUCGAUUUCGCUGAUUGGCGAUCCGCCUGUGAUUUAUUUGGACGAACCGACGACUGGGAUGGAUCCUGCGACGAAGCGGUACUUGUGGGAUGCGCUCUGUAAAGUCCGGGAUAACGGGAAGUGUGUGGUACUCACCUCGCAUAGCAUGGAAGAGUGUGAGGCUUUAUGUACAAGACUAGCCAUCAUGGUGAAUGGCAACUUUAAAUGUUUAGGGUCGACGCAGCAUUUAAAGAAUAAAUUCGCUGAAGGGUAUACGUUAACUAUUAAAAUAAAGAAGUCUCCAGAUAGUGUCGAACCUCACGCAGACACUACACAAAUAGAAGAUUUUGUAGCGCGGAAUUUCCCGAAAGCGAAGCAGAGGGAGAAGCAUCAGGAACUACUAACGUACUAUAUAGUAGAUACGAGCAUCCCGUGGUCUAGGAUGUUUGGAAUUUUAGAAAAAGGCAAAAAACAGUUAAAUAUAGAAGAUUACUCUCUAGGACAAUCAAGUUUAGAACAGGUUUUCCUUACUUUCACGAAACUGCAACGUUGAAGUUAGCACUCGACAAAUGACGUCUGAAGCAAAAUAGGUUCAAUGAUUUUAGUUGUUUGUGCGUGCCUUUUCAUGUCAACUAAUAAUUGUGAUACGUAUUUUCAUCGUUGAAGUGUAUACACAAAUCAGUAUUUAUUUUAAUCUUAAGUUAUUACUAAAACACUCUGAAUAAAUUUUAUUUUAAUA